CCUCCUCCCGCCCGGCGCCCCGCGGGCAGCCCCCUGCCGCCGCGCCAUGUCCGCCGGCUGGUUCCGGCGCCGCUUUCUGCCGGGGGGUCCGCUCCCCGCGCCGCGGCCCCCCCGGCCGCGCGCCAGCCCAGUGCCCUACCGGCGGCCCCGCUUUCUGCGCGGCUCAGGCUCGGGCCCCGGCCCCGCCGACGCCCCGCGCAGACCGGACGCCCGGCCUGUGCGCAGCCCGGCGCGGGGCCGCGCGCUGCCCUGGAAUGCAGGCUACGCCGAGAUCAUCAAUGCAGAGAAAUCUGAGUUCAAUGAGGAUCAGGCGGCCUGUGGGCAGCUGUGCAUACGGAGAUGUGAGUUUGGGGCCGAAGAGGACCAGGAGUGGCUGGCCCUGUGCUCAGAGGAGCUCCUGACAGGUCAUUACUGGGCCCUGUUUGAUGGGCACGGCGGUCCGGCUGCGGCCAUCCUGGCUGCCAACACCCUGCACUCCUGCCUGCGCCGGCAGCUGGAGGCCGUGGUGGAGGGUGUAGUGGCCACUCGGCCCCCCAUGCACCUCAGCGGCCAUUGCGUCUGCACCAGUGAUCCCCAGUUUGUGGAAGAAAAGGGCAUUAGGGCGGAAGACUUGGUGAUCGGGGCUCUGGAGAGUGCCUUCCAGGAAUGUGAUGAGGUGAUCGGGCGGGAGCUGGAGGCCUCGGGCCAGGUGGGCGGCUGCACAGCCCUGGUGGCUGUGUCCCUGCAGGGAAAGCUGUAUGUGGCCAAUGCUGGGGACAGCAGGGCCAUAUUGGUACGAAAAGAUGAGAUCCGGCCCCUGAGCUCUGAGUUCACCCCAGAGACUGAGCGGCAGCGGAUCCAGCAGCUGGCCUUUGUCUACCCCGAGCUUCUGGCUGGUGAGUUCACCCGACUGGAGUUCCCUCGGCGACUGAAGGGUGAUGACUUGGGGCAGAAGGUUUUGUUCCGGGAUCACCACAUGAGGGGCUGGAGCUACAAGUGUGUGGAGAAGUCGGAUCUCAAGUACCCACUGAUCCAUGGACAGGGUAGGCAGGCUCGGUUACUGGGAACAUUGGCCGUCUCCCGGGGCCUGGGAGACCAUCAGCUCAGAGUCCUGGACACAAACAUUCAGCUCAAGCCCUUCUUGCUCUCUGUCCCACAGGUAACCGUACUGGAUGUGGACCAACUGGAGCUACAGGAGGAGGAUGUGGUUGUCAUGGCAACUGAUGGUCUCUGGGAUGUCCUGUCCAAUGAGCAGGUGGCACAGCUAGUGCGGAGCUUCCUCCCUGGCAACCGAGAGGACCCACACAGGUUCUCGGAGCUGGCCCAAAUGCUGAUACACAGCACACAGGGAAAGGACGACGGUCCCACAGGAGAAGGGCAGGUGUCCUACGAUGACAUCUCGGUGUUCGUGAUUCCCUUGCACAACCAGGGCCAGAGGAGCGAUGGCCACUGAGGAUUCAGACACUAUACCCCAGAACCACUCUGGGGCCGAGUAUAGUCCGGGCAUCCCUCCAUCAGUCAACAGCAGGCCUACCUGCCCUGCGCCAGACACGAUGGGUUGAUCCCACACCCCAGCCCAUCUCAAGGAGAGCAUUUACAGCAGGCAGUCAGAGCUGGAAGAGUACGGAGAGCCCUGCUCCCCAGGUCCCUCUUCAGGCAGGCAGGGCAAGAGCGCAGUUAUCAGGAACCUCCCUUUACAAUGUAGGAAACCCAUGUGGGGCUCCUCUGACAGGGUCUUUGCAACUCAACGUUAUUCCCAGAUGGGGACAGCCGGACUAGGCGCUGGCCAUGAAUGCUAGGAGGGGCAGAAGAGCCUGUUUGAAUCUAGGUCUCCAACCCAUGAAUGUCAGAGUAUUUACUCAAUAACCUCCAAAGCCUAUGGAGGGUGCCUUAUGGGAAGCUGUGGGUAGCCUCCUGUCUGCUCAACAGCCAUCUUAAAUCAGCCCUUUGAGAGACCAGCCCAGCCCAGCCCAGCCCAGCCCGGCUCCCCUCUGCCACUGGAGGUGAGGCCCAGGCCCAGGUGCUAAAGGUGGGGCAGAAUAGAAAGAAGCAAGAGGAGCCCCCCAGUUUGCUAAGCCAGGAAUGUCCCUGAUAACUCCCUCCUGGCCCCAGCUCUGCCCCAAGCUGAUGUGCCAGCAAUGUGGUUUUGUUGCUCCCCGUCCCCUCCCUAUUAUUAAAUGUUUGUGUGCUGAAGACUCUUGUGAAUCAUGAACUGCUUUUAAGCUUGGCAUUAUAGUACACUUUCUUGCUCAUUCUUGUUACUUUCCAUACAAUCAAUCUUUGCUCCCCCUUGCAAGUCUGCCUAUAGUCAGGACUGCAUUUUCUCCGAGGGCCUCUCUAGUCCCCAGUAUGGGGUGAGCCCCAGUGAGAGAACUGUGGUUCAGGGAACAGAAAAGUCUCUGCUACCAUCUGCGGGCCCCUGGGUUGAAGUACCUUCUGGUACACCAACAUUAACUUGGUUUUGCAUGACGAUUUCAAUAAACCAAGAAUUAGUUGGAGACAAAUCACUCAGUGUUCCAGAGCUUGCUGUCUGAUGAACAGCUUAGUUCUCCACCUUCCCCACCAGACUGUCAUCACCUAGCACUUGCCAAGGCCCGGGUGCUUGGGAGCACUUGUUGAAUUACAAGGCGACCACCUUUAUGACCUCAGCCUCACACUCCUACUUUAGUUUACAACGGGGACAAAUUCUGUUCAGGUAUCUCGCAACCCCAGAUGGGGACCAGGAGGGACAUGGGCUAAGAAGCACCAGAACUGAAGGUAAAACUUACAUGUUUAUACUAUCGGGGAGGUUCUCAAGCCCCCUUUCCUACCCAUUAACUCACUUUAUUUUUAUUUUGUGCCCCCCUCCCUUUUUUUUUUUAAGUAAGCUCCAUGCCAGUGUGGAGCUUGAACUCAUGAUCCUGAGAUCAAGAGUCACAUGUUCUACUGACUUAGCCAGCCAGGAGCCCCUCAUUAACUCAUUUUAGACGCUCAUUUCCUGUACAUUCUCCAGGGAAGGGGUAGGGAAAACUACCAAAAUUUCUCAUUUUUCAGUCCUGUCCCACAGCCCCACACUUCUGGACUUCCGUAUGUCCACAGCUAGGUCCUGACACCCCGGGGACCCCUGAAGCACGGGCAGCCUCUCCAGGCCUGCUCCAGUUGGGCGGCUAGCCGAGGCACAGCGCGCCUUACCAGCCUGCAGUUCCACUUCCUGUCUUCAGCAGCCGCCCCCGCCCCCGGCAGUGUGGGCAGCACCCUGCGCCUGCCUCUCCCCCACAUCAACUGCUCAGGCAGCUCACCCUGGCAGCCCGCUGCCUGCUCUUGCUCCUCACACAAGGCUGAAGCCCAGGGAACAGCACAGCGGGUCUCUGGACGGCCUAAGCUACAGGAGUAGUGGCUGCAGGGACCGCCACACUCACCUGCCGUGUCCGUGUGGCUCAGCAGAGCCACAUGAUGUGGCAGGCCUCCUCCAGGCUGUGUGGGCCGCCUCCUUGAGCAGUCUACCAGGAGAACCUAUGCGCGGCCUAUUGCUCACAAGCUGGGAUGUUCCCUCCGAGGCUCUUCGUAACCCUUGGCCACCCUCCAAUGACCAUGGGCAGAGUGGCAGGCCCGAGGAGGUCUUCUCUGGUUCAAGGGAGCCAGGAAACGGCAGGCAGCUCUGAGGAUACUGAGUUAGUGCAUGGACUCUAGGAGUUACCAACUCACCAGCCAAGCAAGUGGUUAUCAAGCUACUGGCCAGGUCCUCUGCCAGAACUAGAGCAGGAGCCUCAAAGAGGCCCCAUUCUCCUUGCUCCACGGAAGCCAGGGCCUGGCAGGACAAACUUUAUUCCAGCUAGAGGCUGCCAAUCUGAUCGAGCACUGAGGUAACAAUGGGGAAUGAAAGGCAGCCUGAGUACUAUGCUCAGUAGUCUGAAAGGCUACUUCGAUGCUGGCGCAAGUUGGCACUUCCCACUCAUUUCUGGCCCUGUGGCUGCUUAUUAGAGCCUGUGGUUGAGACCCAGGCUGCUACGCACUGAGGUCUGGGUCUAGGGGUCCUUCCCACCAGCCUCCAGACCUUGGUCACCAGGGAGGGGACAGUCCCAGGGAGCCCAACAAUCCAUCCACACGGCAUUAUCAUGAGUCCCAGGUGAGUCAGGAAGACUAACAGGAGACAACCCACCCCUCCCUCCAACUCUAAGAACCAGGCAAACAAUGCUAUAGAAACUCAACAGAGGCCACAGCCAUAAAAUUCUGUUUAAGACUGAUAACAUGGAAAAAAUGUUUAUAUGUUAAGUACAAAAGGGACAUAAAAUUGUAUAUACAGUAGAGUAACAACUAUGUAAACACACCAAAAAUCUAUGCACAGAAAUGUCUAGAGGAACAUGUAACACCAAAAGAUUAACAGUUGUAGCAUUUGGGUGGCAAACUGAUUCAUUUUAAAAUUCCCCAAAUUUCUUCAAUAUGCAUUAAGUAUGAUUGCAACAGGGAAGUUUUUUUCCCCUUAAAAAAAAAAAAUAAAAAUAAAAAAAAGAAAAAACAAACAAAAAAA